UUAAUCUAAUUUAUGAUACAAUCAUGAUGUAACGCAAGGACAUGCUUCGAUAAAUGAGACAUUAAGUUCACUUAACUACACUGACAAAUUUCUCUUCCUAGUUUUAAAGGACAAACGGAAACUCUUAUCUGGAAAAUUGCACGUAUGCUAAGAUGGAUUACAAGGAAAUGUUAAGGGUUAAAACAACAGAUAACGCACUUGUAGAACUAGCACGGGCCGAGGUAAAUGAACACCCUGAAAGAAGACAACAAGACAUACUUACACUUAGAAACAGAAUUCAGUUGCACCCAGAGUUGAAAAUCCAAACAGAUGAUGCGUAUCUCUUACGCUUUUUAAGAGCCUCCUGCUUUGACCACGAGAAUGCAUUUACUCUUAUUCAUAAAUAUUUCGAGAUGAAAGCAGACGAGAGAAACAAACAACUGUUCAGCAAUAUGCGACCUAGUUCCAUUAAGCACGUGCUUGAAGCAGGUGUAACGGGAGAAUAUUAUCAUCGUGAUAAACUUGGCAGAAGAGUAAUAGUUAUAAGACCAGGGAAAUGGGAUACCAGUAAAUUUUCAAUUACAGACAUUUUCAAAACUAACUUCAUGACACUCUUCAAGUUCGUUGAGGAAGAAGAGACGCAGAUAAAAGGUGUUGUCGCGCUGUUUGACAUGAAUGGUGUAGGAUUUGGUCAGAUGACUCAUCUUUCUCCAUUCUUUGCAAAACGUAUCACGGCUUUAUUACAAGAGAGUUUUCCAAUGAGAUUGAAAGCUAUGCACUUCGUUAACGAGCCUGCAGUUUUUGAUUAUUUAUUUGCUAUUCUCAAACAGUUUAUGAGCAAAGAAACGAUUGAUAAGAUAAAGGUACAUGGACACAACCUGGAAGAAUUAGCUGAAUAUUUUGAUGUAGAACUUUUACCAGAGGAAUACGGAGGGAAAGGCCAAAAGUACUCCAAUGAGCGAUGGAUGAAGACUCUUUUGGCUUGUGACGCAGAGUUUGAUGCUGAAGCACGAAAUAGCCUUGUUAAGGUUCCUGCAAAAGAUGCCACAGGAACAUACAGGAAAAUAGAUUCUUAGAUCGUCACUUAGCUUAUGAACUAUACCUUAAAAUUCAAUUAACUAUUAUAAAGAACAUUUCUUCAAAGAACAUUUGAUUUACGUUAUCCUUAGUGCGUAUUUUUGUCAUAGGUAUUGUGUAUCUUCGUUAAAUAUCAUGUAGUUAAGCAAGUUUUUUUCUACUUAAUAGACUCUGAAAAAAAUGGGUUUUUUCAAGCUUAUCCGGGAUAAGAAAGAAACGUUUUCAAUUUCGAAAAUCGAAUAAUUUAAUGAAGUUGACUUAUUUAUUGUGAAUGGUCGUGCAUGGUGAAGCUUUGAACAAAAAGACCGGUAGGGACAUUUCAACUUCAUGAACUCUCGAUUUAUCUUCGUGAAUUCACGAUUUCAACUUGAUGAAUUUAUGAUUUCAACCUCUUGAAUUCACGAUUUCAACUUCACGAAUUAAACUAAGCGAAUUUACGUUUUGAACAUAUUAUAUUCAAAAGUAAAAUAUGUCUCUUUUAUAAGACAGACUAUAUAUUUAAGAAAACUUUAGCUAACAUCUUAAACUUAUUAUAUUCUUACAUAAGAUUCAUAUUUUACAAGGUGAAUUAUGUUAAAAGGGAGUUAAGGUAAUUUUACAUUUAAACUUUCCAGUUCUAAAAUUUAUUCAUCAUUUAUAUAUUCAUAUUCGGAUUCGAGAAUGUUUCAAUAAGCUAAAUAUAGCUUCCAACACAAUCGAGCUAAAAUAAAUUUGUAUAAACAUUACACAAGCGUCAGCCUCGAUUUCAAUUAAAGCGAUCCUUUUUGUAAAUACAAGCAUGAUCGUUAAUUGAAAAUCGCGAUAAUUUUUCGUGUUCUCAAAUGUUACAGAUGUUCAGAGAUGAUUGUUAAGGGAUAACCUAAAUAAAUUUAGUUAAUAUAAAACAUGAAAAUUAA